AUGGCUUCUAAGAAAGAGGAGUUAAACUUCAUACUAAUACCUUUUGGAGCACCUGGCCACAUUCUUCCAAUGAUUGACAUGGCCAAAAUGUUGGCAAGACAAGGUGUAAUGGUAACCGUUAUCACCACCGCCAUGAAUGCGAUCCGGUUCGGAGCCGUAAUCGAUCGUGCUGCUGCUUCUGGGCUCUCCAUCCGGCUUCUUCAAGUUCAAUUCCCGGCUGAGGAAGCCGGAUUGCCAAAGGGAUGCGAAAGCUUUGAUGAUCUACCAUCUUACUCCUUAUUUAUGAACUUCUUCUCUGCAAUUGAAAUGUUACAGAAACCAAUUGAGAAGAUUGUUGCAGAUUUAAGCCCAAGUCCGAGUUGCAUUAUUUGUGAUAAACAUUUUCCUUGGGCAGUGGAACUUGGGCGUAAAUACAGGAUUCCAUGGGUUUCUUUCGAUGGGAUGAACUGUUUUACUCAAGUUUGUGCUCAUAAUCUAAGUCUCACUAAAGUCCAUGAGACCACCCCGGAGGGUGAACCUUUUGUUGUACCUAAUUUGCCUGACAAAUUUGUGUUCAAUAAAUCCCAACUUCCAGGAUUCUUGAAUCCUGGACAAAGUUCGGAUUUGGGAGUCAUUCGAGAACGAAUUAAAGCAGGGGAAACCGAAGCUUAUGGUGUGGUGGUUAACAGCUUUGAGGAACUUGAAGGAAGUUACGCCGAGGACUUUCGGAAACUCAAAGGAGGUAAAGUUUGGUUCGUUGGUCCUUUGUCUUUGAGCAACGAAAACAAUUUAGAUAAAGCUCAAAGAGGAAACAGCGCAGUCACGGCUGAGGAAGAACAGAGGCUAAUGGAAUGGCUGGAUUCGUGGCAAUCGGAGACCGUUGUUUACGCCUGCCUCGGAAGCUUGGGUCGGUUUGUAAGGUCAGAGUUUAUGGAGCUUGCUUUAGGCCUGGAAGAAUCGAACCAUCCAUUCAUUCUGGUGGUGAAAGGGAAAAAUAAAGAGGACAUUGAGGCAUGGAUUUCGGAAGACGGGUUCGAAGAAAGAAUAAAAGGAAGAGGGCUUCUGAUUAGGGGCUGGGCUCCUCAGGUGCUGAUUUUAUCACAUCCAUCAAUUGGAGCAUUCUUAACGCACUGUGGUUGGAACUCGACGUUGGAAGGGAUUUCUGCCGGCUUGCCGAUGAUAACACGGCCUCUUUUCGCUGAACAGUUCUUCAAUGAGAAACUGGUGGUACAAGUUUUGGGAACCGGGGUGAGCGCCGGUGCCAAAUUUGGCCGGAAAAUAGGUGAGGAAGAAAGGCCGGAAAUGGGAGUGAGCAGGCUGGAAGUUCAGCAGGCUAUAUGUAAGGUGAUGGAUAAGGAUAAUGUUGAUGCAAAUGAAAGAAGGAAAAAGGCGAAAGAACUCGGGGAAAUGGCCCGAAAGGCGGUUGAGGAAGGAGGAUCUUCGUACCUCAAUGUUUCACUACUAAUACAAGAAGUAAUGCGGUUAUCACGUUCUAAGAAACAGCCAGAGAAUGGAAUAUGA